GUGCGUUAGAAAAAAAAAAAAACAAACACAACUGAGCAGCUGAGUUACUUUAAAUUCAAUAAACAAAAAGGCUGCAGUUUAUUUAUACUUUGCUCUUCGCUGAGAUUGUGAAAAAUAAAAUCAGCAGCACUUUGUCCUAAAUAAUUGAGUGUGCUCUUUGGAAGACAGAAGCGCGUCUAACGAAAAAAAAAAGGACUCGAAGCGAAUUUGCGUAUUAACGCAAAAUAACAACAAACGAGAACGGGGCAAAGGGGCGACGCUCUGAAGCUGUUGGAGAGGGGAAGGGGAGGAGCACUACAACUAAAAACACACACAAUGGUUGAGCCUAUUUUUGAUUAUCAAUUUCGCUUAAUACUCAUCGGCGACAGCACAGUGGGCAAAAGUUCGCUGCUCAAAUUCUUUACAGAUGGAAAAUUUGCUGAGCUAUCAGAUCCCACAGUGGGCGUUGACUUUUUCGCCCGCCUAAUCGAAAUGAAGGACGGCAAACAGAUCAAACUGCAGCUGUGGGAUACGGCCGGGCAGGAGCGUUUCCGUUCAAUUACAAAGUCCUACUAUCGCAAUUCGGUCGGCGUGCUGCUCGUCUACGAUAUAUCGAAUCAUGCCAGCUUUGAGCAUAUACCCCUCUGGAUGAUGGAGGCGCAGCGUCACAUCGAGCCGCAUCGGCCCGUGUUUGCGUUAGUCGGCUGUAAGCUGGAUCUGGUGAAUGCGGGCGGGCAUCGCGAGGUGUCCACCGAGGAGGCGCAAACAUUUGCCAAACAGCAUGGCUUGCAUUUUGUGGAGACAUCGGCGCGCACCGGCGCCAACGUUGAGGAGGCUUUCCGCAUGGUCACACAGGAGGUCUAUGCCCGCAUACGUUCCGGCGAAUACAAGGCCGAGGACGGCUGGGAUGGCAUCAAGUCGGGAUUUGCGCGGCCCAAUAGUCUGGACUUUAAUCUGGUUAUGGCUGAGCCCGAAAAAUCCUCCUGCUGUUGAUUAAAUUAAACCGACGGCGUGUGUUUAA